AUGUUCGCUUGCUCAAUUUGCACUGCAAUCUGUACGAUCAGGGUUGAUCGCCGUCGAAUUCUGCCAUUCGAUGGCGAGGAUAAUUUCUGGGAGAUGGCCGAUACGGGACCGUGUGGUGAGUGUUCAGAGAUACAUUUCGAUACGAUUGGCGAUCGUGAUGCAUCACAUCUGGUGAACAGCAAAAGGGACGCGAGUGUGAUCGAGAUAUGGAAUCUUGUUUUUAUGCAAUACAAUAGGUCGAUUUAUGAUUUAUUAUAA